AUGCCUCUGAUUAAAAGUGGAGCGAAAGCUCUUGGAAACAUUGCCCUGAAAAGUGGGACAGACUUUGUGGGCGAUGUCCUGGCAGGUAGAAACGUGAAAUCAGCAGCAAAAGCACGAACCAUACAGGCCGCCAACAUUGCAAAAAGAAAAGCUAUCGAUACACUAAGGAGUCAAACGGGGAGCGGAAAACGGAAGCGCUCAAGAAGUGUAAAGCGUUCAAGAAGUGUAAAGCGAACAGCUGAAAAGAGAAAGACAUCAACAGUCAGCCGCAGUCAGGGCAAGAAACGGAAAACAGUUAAAAAGAGAAAGGCAUCGGCAUCUGCAGCCAGACGCAGACGCAAUUUUCCCUUUCGUAAACGGUCGUUACCAUCCGGAACAGGCGUUACCAUCCCGAGUCUUAUAGAAUUCUGGGUAAGCAGAGCAAAAUUCCUCGUUGUCCCAUGCUGUCCCGCUUCUUUGUCUGUUGCCCUUGCAUGUUAAAUAUGGCGGACAUGCUUGCUGGUUUUGACGAGUUAAUAAAUUCUGCUAUUAGCGAAUGUGAUAUCGAUUCUCAGAGUAUUCCAUUGUUAAAUGUUGAAAAAGAACGCAUAGAAGCUAAUCUUCUAGAGAAGUUGCCAGAGGAUUACUGUUAUAAGUUCAAUCUUUCAGUUAUUAAUGAACAGAAAUCGUCCUUCCAAACUGAAGACAUAACUACCGAGAAUGUUCAUCCCUGGUUAAUCGAAUUUCAACCAUCAAUUCCAUCACUCUGA